CAAAUCUAUUACAGUCGUAAACAUUGUAAGGUACUCACAGGUACCAGAAGAAAUUAGGAUAUUUUUUUAAGAUACGAGAUAUGGAUAAACCAAAAGGUUUCCAAUUUGCAAUAGACAGAGGAGGCACAUUUACAGAUGUGUUUGCUCGUUGUCCAAACGGCAAAGUGCGUGUCAUGAAACUACUCUCGGUAGACCCACAAAACUAUGAUGAUGCACCAAGGGAAGCUAUAAGACGGAUCCUACAGGAGGAAACUGGAAAUGCUUUGGAUAAAGAUGGUAAAGUAAACUCAUCACUAAUAGAGUCUAUUAGAAUGGGCACCACAGUGGCGACAAAUGCGCUAUUAGAGAGGAAGGGCGCUAAGAUGGCACUCGUUAUUAAUAAAGGCUUCAAAGAUCUCUUGUACAUCGGUAAUCAGGCCAGGCCUCAUAUAUUUCAUUUGAAUAUAAAACGUCCCAGUGUGCUUUACACAGAAGUUGUAGAAGUGGACUGUCGCGUGAUACCAGCUUUAGAAGAUCGUUGUCAAAUCGACAAAUCAAAACUAAACUGGAAAGAGGUUUAUGGCACUACGGGCCAGAAAAUGUUAGUUAUGAAAGAUGUGGAUGAGGAAGCGGUACGGAAAGAUUUAACAGCCCUAAGAGAGAAAGGGAUAGAUAGCAUUGCGGUUGUUCUUGCUCAUAGUUAUACGUAUCGUGAACAUGAAUUGAAAAUCGGUAAAAUUGCUCAACAACUUGGUUUCAACCAAGUAUCCCUGUCACAUUCUGUCACUUCCAUGGUGAGGAUGGCUCCUCGAGGGUACACGGCGUGCGCUGAUGGAUAUCUUACUCCCCAUAUAAGAGAAUAUGUGAAGGGCUUCGCUAGUGGCUUCACGGACGGCUUGAAAAAUUCCAAUGUGCUUUUCAUGCAAUCUGAUGGUGGUUUGACGCCAAUGAGUAUGUUUAAUGGGUCACGUGCUGUAUUAUCUGGUCCUGCGGGUGGAGUGGUGGGCUAUGCACUAACAUCAUACCAGAAGGAGACUAAUUUGCCUGUCAUUGGUUUCGAUAUGGGUGGGACGUCUACAGAUGUUUCUAGAUAUGCUGGAGCCCUUGAACAUGUCCAUGAAGCGACCACCGCCGGAGUGACCAUACAGGCACCGCAGUUAGAUAUUAACACAGUAGCAGCAGGCGGUGGUUCCAUGCUUAUGUUCCGAUCCGGGCUCUUCGUAGCUGGACCGGAAUCAGCGGGCGCAGAGCCGGGACCGGCCUGCUAUAGGAAGGGAGGUCCACUGACAGUUACUGACGCUAAUUUAUUGUUAGGUCGUCUUCUACCGGAAUAUUUUCCAAAAAUAUUCGGUCCGAAUGAAAACGAACCACUGGACAGAGAUGCAACGGUUUCCGCUUUUAGGAAGUUAACUGACGAGAUAAAUAGUUACCUCAAACAAGAUGGCGGAAAGGCGAUGACUAUGGAAGAGGUCGCAAUGGGAUUUAUCGACGUUGCCAAUGAAGCUAUGUGCCGUCCCAUUAGGGCGCUGACGACGGCCCGCGGGUACGACGCGCGCGCGCACGCGCUGGCGAGCUUCGGCGGCGCGGGCGCGCAGCACGCGUGCGCCGUCGCGCGCCGCCUCGCCGUGCCCGAGGUGCUCGUGCACAAGUACGCAGGUAUCCUUUCGGCAUACGGCAUGGCUCUAGCCGAUGUGGUCGAGGAAGCGCAGGAGCCCAGCGCCUUGGUGUACUGCUCCAACAACUUCGAAAAACUCGACAUGCAGCUGGACAAGCUGGCUGCGGUCUGCAAAGACAAGCUAAGAGCUCAGGGUUUUACAGACUCUCAAAUAGUAGUUGAGCCGUAUCUUCAUCUACGUUACUCGGGCACUGAUUGCGCACUAAUGGUGUCUCCAUCCCGUGAAGACCCCCACAGCACACGACAUGGCGACUUUUACACGGCAUUCAUCGAAAGGUAUAAGAACGAAUUCGGCUUCACGCUCUCGGCCCGUGACGUGCUCGUGGACGACGUGCGCGUGCGCGCCGCGGGGCGGAGCGCUGUCGCCGCAGACGCGGCGCCGCCUAGCGGGAGAGGCACUGACCCGAGCGUGGAAAAGAUAGUAAAAGUCUACUUCGAAGGUGGCUAUCAAGAUACAGCUAUUUACUUGCUGGAAAAAUUGAAGCCCGAACAAAAGAUACCCGGCCCUGCUAUAAUCAUGGAUAGUUUGUCCACCAUACUUAUAGAACCUGGUAGCUGUGCUGAAAUAACUAAAUACGGCGAUAUCCGAAUCAUAAUAGGCGCAGGUCAGACUAAAGUGGUCACUUCUGAUCUGGACACAGUUCAGCUGAGUAUAUUCUCGCAUAGAUUUAUGUCUAUUGCGGAACAGAUGGGCAGAGUCCUCCAGAGAACGUCAAUAUCCGUGAACAUUAAGGAAAGGUUGGAUUUCUCGUGCGCACUGUUCGGCCCGGAUGGCGGGCUCGUCUCCAACGCACCGCACAUCCCCGUGCACUUGGGCGCAAUGCAAGAGACUGUACAAUAUCAAAUGAAAGUCCGGGGUGACUCCAUUAAGCCUGGGGACGUGUUACUGGCCAACCAUCCCAAAGCAGGAGGCUCUCAUCUACCAGAUUUGACCGUAAUUACUCCAGUAUUCCAUAAGCGCGGCGGGCGGCCGAUCUUCUUCGUGGCGUCGCGCGGGCACCACGCCGACGUGGGCGGGCUGACGCCGGGCUCCAUGCCGCCGCACUCGGUGCGCCUCAAGCAGGAGGGCGCCGCCUUCCGCUCGCUGCUGCUCGUCGAGCGCGGCCGGUUCAACGAGGACCAGCUCGUCGCAGAGCUAAUGAAACCGGGCAAGGAGCCAGGCUGUUCCGGUACUAGGAACUUGGCUGAUAAUUUGUCAGACUUAAAAGCCCAAGUGGCUGCUAAUCAAAGGGGUAUUCAACUAGUAUCGGAACUGAUAGAGGAAUACACCUUGGACGUUGUGCAAGCGUACAUGACGCACAUACAGAAGAACGCGGAACUUGCUGUCAGGGAUAUGUUAAAGGAAAUAGCUAAAAAUGCGGUCGCUAAGACCGGGUCGGCCGUUCUCAAGGCCACAGAGUACAUGGACAACGGCACCCCUAUCGUCCUCACCGUGACUCUAGACAAGGACCUCGGCAGUGCGGUGUGCGAUUUCACUGGCACAGGAGUAGAGGUUUGGGGUAACUUGAACGCCCCGCGCGCGAUCACCCUCUCGGCGUUGAUCUACUGUCUCCGGUGCAUGGUGGGACACGACGUGCCGUUGAAUCAGGGCUGCCUGAACCCAGUGCAAGUGAUAAUCCCCGCCGGGUCCAUCCUCGACCCGUCCGAGGACGCGGCCGUGGUCGGCGGCAACGUGCUGACGUCGCAAAGGAUCGUCGAUGUCGUUUUAAAGGCUUUCCAGGUGUGCGCCGCGUCUCAAGGUUGUAUGAACAACCUGACCCUGGGCGAAGACGACUGGGGAUACUACGAGACCGUGGCCGGAGGCAGUGGGGCGGGCCCGGGCUGGCGCGGCUGCGGCGGGGUGCACACGCACAUGACCAACACGCGCAUCACGGACGUGGAGAUCGUGGAGACGCGGUACCCGCUGCUCGUCAGCCAGUUCUCCCUGCGAGCCGGCUCGGGGGGGCGAGGUCAGUGGGACGGUGGGGACGGGGUGACGCGCGAGCUGUUGUUCAGGAGGACUGUUCAGCUCUCCGUGCUGACAGAGCGGAGAGCCUUCCAACCUUAUGGGAUGAACGGGGGCGAACCCGGCGAGCGAGGCCUGAAUCUCCUGCAGCGAGCUGACGGGAGGCUGAUCAACCUCGGCGCAAAGUCUUCCGUUGUAGCGUAUCCAGGGGAUAAAUACAUAAUGAAUUCUCCGGGCGGAGGCGGUUACGGGCGACCGUCGGACGCCGCGGACACAAACAAACAAACGGACAAGCAGUACAGUGAGUUUCUAGAGCGAGGCAGCGUGUACGAGUAUAGAAGUGCGCAGGAGUCCGUUUAGAGGUAAAUGUCAAGGUCGAAACGGCACAUGUUAACAGAUACGCAUAAUAUGUACGCAAAGUGCGUACAAUCCAGUAGAAACUUUUUGCGUCAGUUACAUAGAAGCGUUGCCUUUAUUGAAUUUUUUUAAUCAUUGUGACCAAAGGAGUUUUAUUUCAGUUACAAUAUUAAUAGAAUAUAUUCUCAAAUUUAACUUUUUUACCAUUAUUGUUAUUUUGUUGACCUAGAAUAUUAAGUUAAAUCGCGUUUAGUUAUAUUUCUAAACGCUAUCGAUAUAUGUACAUAAAGUGAUAUAGCAUUUGUUAGUACAUAUAUUAAUAUAUCUACAGUGCCCUCCCCCCCUUUUAUUAUGAUUAUUAGAUUGGUUGCAUUCAUUUAUAGAAAACUUUAUUCGCAAUUUUCUUUUAUAUAUCAACUUUACAUCUAACUUCUAACAUACUUAACAAUACUAAUAUUAUAUAUAGGUAACAUUUGUUUGUUUGUAUGUAAUGAGUAAUCUCCCGAACUUAUGAUCCAAUUGUAUUAUUUUUUCAAUGAUAGAAAGCUACGUAAUUCCUGAGUGCUAUAAGGUUAUAACUAUAUCAUAUCAUUUUCUUUAUUAAUAAACUGCACCCGUACGAAGACGGGGCAGGUCCCUAGUGUACUCACUAGCGAUCUGCCCAUAUAUACAAUAACAAAAAAAAAAAUCGUAAUACAAAAAAAAAAAAUGCAAAUAUCCUGUUCAAAUCUCAAAGCUAACUAAAAU